CCCUCUGCAGCUGCUCCAAGUCCCUGGGAACAGCUGCUAGCUAUAAGGCUAGGGUUCAUUAGCUAAUUAAGGUGCAGUAGAAGCGAUGGCGUGGAGCAAUGCAAAUAAGGCAGUGCUGGCCAUGGGCCUCGUUGCCGCGCUGCUCUUCCCGGCAGCUACUGCAUCGUCGGCCCUUUCCUAUGACUUCCACGACAACUCGUGCCCGAACCUGCUCAACAUGGUUUACAAUGCCGUGGACGCCGCCCGUCAGGAGGACCCCGGUGUCGUCCCCGGCCUGCUCCGCAUCACUUACCACGACUGCUUUCCUCAGGGUUGCGACGGGUCGAUCCUGCUGACGGGGCCCAACAGCGAGCAGAAGAUGCCGCAGAACGCGGGGCUACGACAGAGCGCGCUGGACCUCAUCGAGAGCAUCCGCGACAAGGUGCACCUCGCCUGCGGCCCCACCGUCUCGUGCGCCGACAUCACCAACCUGGCCACCCGGGUGGCCGUCGUCCAGUCGGGGAUGCCCGGCUACAACGUGACGCUGGGCCGGCUCGACAGCCUGGAGCCCGCUUCGGCCGCCCAAGUGGCGGCCUUACCGGGCCCCGACUUGGUGGUGUCGGAGCUCGUCGACUCCUUCGCGAGCCGCGGCCUCGACACCACCGACCUGGUGGCGCUCUCCGGCGCGCACACCAUCGGGAAGACGAGCUGCCGCAGCUUGAAGAAGCGGUGGGGGGAGAACGCGGAUUUCGUGGACCUGCUCCAUAGCUUCUGCGCCAGGUACCCUGAGCACAAGGUGGACUUGGACGUGAUCAGUCCCAACGAUUUCGACAACCAGUACUACAUCAACCUCCAGCGUGGUGUCGGGGUGCUCAACUCCGACAUGGCGCUUGUCCGCGACGACCCCUACAUCAGGAACUUGGUCAACGGCUUCGCCCGUGACCAGGGCUGGUUCUUUAGCCAGUUCAGCAACUCCAUGAGCAAGCUGGCGAAUCUGCCGCCCAAGCUGCAGGGAAACGACGGCGAGAUCCGAUUCAGCUGCAGCAAGAGGAACAACGGACCCAUGGCUGCCGACGCUCAUCAGGGGUUUUCGGCCUCUGCUUAAUAUGUUAAAGCAUGCCAUGCGUGCAUGUAGCAAUAAAGAGCUAGCGAUAGCUAGCCAGCCUAUAUAUCCUCCCGCCUCAUGUCAAUUAGCGUACUUGCUUGUGGCCACUAGGCACUCAUGCAUGUACCAAUUUGGCAGCAACUUUGUUUUCCUAGCUACUUGAAUUUAAUUACCGUUGUAGCUUUCCUUA